AUGAAGGAGCAGCACAUGCUGGCUAGGUCAGAUACACAGAGUCAAGACUCAGACAAGACCCUUAGUCUACAACACGAACAAGUCUCAUACUGGAGAUUACUGAGUCCUCGAGGUGUGGUUACAGACCGCAUUUUACACGAACACUAUGAAGGCGAAGGAACCGAAGAGCAUCCGUAUACAAUCUCUUUCCUUGAGAACGAUCCUGGCGACCCCAAAGAACUGCCGCAGUGGAGGAAAUGGGUCAUUGUAGCUGCAUGUUCGUUGUGGGCAUUUAUGACAGCAAUGGGAUCGUCAAUCUGGAUUGGCAUUCUCCGUGAGGUGCAAGAGUAUACACAAACAAGCAGAGAGGUGGCCAUACUAGGGGUCUCUUUCUAUGUGCUAGGUUUUGUGAUUGGUCCCUUGUUCUGGGCACCAUUAGCCGAGUCAUUGGGAAGACAAGCGACUAUGCUUGCGAGCUAUAUUGGCUUUGUGGUCUUCCUCGGAGGUGUUGUGGCAGCACAAAACAUCGAGACUAUGAUCGUGCUACGCUUCUUGGCUGGCUGUUUUUCGUCCUGCUCUUUCACAACUGCACAGGGUAUCUUGGCGGAUAUCUUUGAGCCAGCGAAACGCGGCUUGGCAUUCGGCUUCUACGCUGCCACUCCUUUCUUAGGUCCUGUCCUUGGACCAAUGGCAGGAGGAUUUCUUGGAGUUGCUCUAGGUUGGCGUUGGACCCUAGGCAUUCUCACUUUACUGGCAGCGAGCGGUCUUGUCCUUGGUCUGCUAUUCGUACCUGAGACAUUAGGCGAGCUUUUGCUUGACCGCCGAGCCAGGACCAUGUCUAAGAUGACUGGUAAGUGCUAUGUCUCACAGCUACAUCUUCAGAAAGGCAGUGUCUCAGCAAAGGUGGCCUUCAAGAAAGCAUUGACUAGGCCAUGGGUAAUCCUUUUCACGGAACCGAUAGUUCUUUUACUUUCACUCUGGGUUGCAUCCAUCUACGGAACGCUCUAUCUCUUUCUAGCCGGAUAUCCAUACGUUUAUCAAGACGCACGAGGCUGGUCCCCUGGCAUUGGUGGUCUCGCACUUCUUGGUAUAGGUGUGGGAUGUUUGGUGGCAUGUAUCGUCAACGUUCCUAUCAGCAAGCGCUUUGUUGUAAAGGUAAAGAAGGAACAGGCACACCCUGAAGUUCGUCUUCAGCCGUCGAUGGUUGGAGCUGUGUUGGUUCCGAUUGGCAUCCUAUGGUUCGCCUUUACAAAUGGUCCUUCCAUACCUUGGCCAUGCAGUGUCAUAGCGGGCUCCUUCUUUGGUUGUGGCAUGGUUUUGAUCUGGACGAGUUCGUCGAAUUACAUUGUUGACGCCUACAAGAUGUAUGCGGCAUCCGCAAUCGCUGGUCAGAUCGUCAUGCGAUCUGUCUUUGGAGCUGUCUUCCCUCUAUUUACUGGCUACAUAUAUGAAGGCAUUGGAAUUCACUGGGCAAGCGCUGUCCCUGGCUUUCUGGCUAUCUUGCUGCUACCUUUGCCGUUUCUGUUCCACCGGUACGGCAGAGUGAUCAGAUCACGAUCGAAAUUUGCAGACAAGGCAGACGCCGAUGAUGAAGCACUGAGGAGUAGGAAGGGCAGUGUAUGA